ACAGGAUCCCUGGAGGAGAGGAGAAUAAAGAUGGAGGCAGCCACAUGGUCUGUGCUGGAGGAGCCCUUCCUGUGCUGUCCUUAAAGGUCUGUUCUCUUCCUCAUUCCUCCGUGUCGGUAUUCGCUGCGGGACCCGAAUCAUUACACGCGGGACCUGGAGUGCAGGCCAGCCAGGCUUUUGCUACGGCCUUGAUUCGCUCGCCAGCCAGACGACAUCUGCCUGCAUGUUUCACUGCACAAAAGUUCAUUUAUGUUGCUGCGAGCCUGUGACUGCCCUGGGGACCCCUUUUUUUUUUAGGUGCAUGUAGCAAUGAUCUUUGCUGGCGACAUCCUUCAAUUGUUCUGUGGGUGGAGCAACGACUGUGCGCCGAAAACCCGUCGGCUGUGCUCCUGGCAUAUCCAGAUGAUCUUUAAAAUAGGAUCAGAUGUUACCGACAGCCUUCUAACCAGCGGAUAGGCUCAUUCGCUGUUGCCUUCCUUUCUUUAUCUUGUUUUAACUUUAACCAUGAUAGACAGACACCUUCCCUGAAGCUGUGUUUCUCAACCUUUUAAGUAGCAAGCACCCCCUAACUUCUGAAAAUGUCAAUAAGUACCCCCGCCCUCAGUUUUCCAGGGGGUUUUGUAUUUACAGACUAACGUGUGCUGUAUGUUGGAAGAAGGGCUGUGUGUAUAAGGCCGUAAUAGGACAGAUGUCUGAUCUGGUGUGGGUAGGGUUGCCACCUUUUACACCGGAGGUGCACAAAUCAAGCAUGUACCUGGCCUAGAGGUGAUGUUGCCCAAAGCUAGGAGGGCUGAACCCAGGCACGCCAAAUUAUUACUGGGGAAUUUUAAUGUGCAGCACACCAAAUUUUUUGCCAUAGUUUUGGGAGGAAAAGAGGGUGAGAGAGGGAGUGUGCUGGGGUACACACGUACCCCGUUUCUCAACCUGUGGUACGUGUACCCCUGGGGGUAUGCCCUGAAGAAUCUGCUCCAUACAUUGUCCACACCUCAAUGUGUGCAAAUACAGACAGCCAAAUAAAUACCUUUAUGCGCGGUAAGGUGCUCAGAGACUGUAAUGAUCUCCUUUUGGGAAUACCGAGGCGCCUCUGCUCGUGCCAAAGCCCUUUGGCUCCGUGAUUGUCCUGUACGGGCUACUCCAAGAGGUGGCCUCGGAGACCGGAGGCUGUCGGCAGAUCCGUGCGUGAGUGCAGGGAGAGCUAGAGCCCGGCUGGGGGAGAUGGUGGCCCUUCCCUUUGCAGCCCUGGUGCAGCCGGAGAUGUAGCUGGAGGAGCAGUACUCCGGAGGGCUCCAGGCAGGAGCUGAGGGGGCAAGAUAAGUCCCUCGUCUCAUCCAGGGUGGGACCAGGGGUUGUCCCUGAAGUGGUCGGAGGAGCCGGUCCAACGCCAGGAGAUCCGGGGGCAGAAGGUGAUGCGGACCAUGCAGCCCCCAUCCGAGGCCGAGAUUCCCCCAGACACCCCACAGCUGGCACCAGGGGACGACCUCCCCACCCCAGAAACCUGGCGUCAGUGCUUCCGGGGCCUCCGCUACCUGGAAGGCAAGGGGCCGCGGGAGGUUUGCAGCCGCCUGCGGGAGCUCUGCCAGCGCUGGCUGGGGCCCCCGCGCCGCAGCAAGGAGCCGCUGCCCCAGCGCCGCAGCAAGGAGCAGAUCCUGGAGCUGCUGGUGCUGGAGCAGUUCCUGGCCAUCCUGCCCCAGGAGAUGCAGAGCUGGGAGUGGGGGCGCAGCAUGGAGACCUGCGCGGAGGCCGUGGCCGUGGCCGAGGGGUUUCAGCUGGGGAAGAAAAAGGAUGAGCUCCAGGUCACAGUGCGUGUGAAGGUCGAGGAGAUGAUCUUGGACAAGAUGCAGCACAUGGGGGCGUUGCAAGAACCUGGUGAUUCCUGGCCGGAGCAACCAAAGACCAAUCGUGUGGACAACCCGCUGGAGGAGUCAGGAGAGAGGGAAACCCCGGGGCCUUGUGACAAGCAACCCGGUGUCCCCAAAGAGGAGCCCCCACCCCACCAGGAGUCGGGUGCUGCAACCCUGACGAGAGCCCAGCAGCAGCCUCCUGAGGAGGGACCUGUAAUCAUGGAGCUACAGAGGGCUUUCCCAGGGAGACUGGAGGAGAAGGACUCCCUGACACAUGAGCCGGGCCAAGUGGAGAAGGAGCAGGGCAGGCCUCCAAACCAGGGGGAGACCAUGGAGCUCCCGAAGGUGUUUGAGGAGGUGGCAGUGUAUUUCACACGGAAGGAGUGGGAGCUCCUGGAAGAUGAAGACAAGGUGCUUUACCGGGACCAGAUGCUGAAGAAUUACCAAGCCCUCGUUUCCCUGGGAUAUCAAGGUCCCACACCUGACUUAAUCUGCCGCAUCCAGCGAGGAGAGGUGGAGCUCUGGGCCUGUGAUGAUGAGGAUGGUGGGAAAAUCUCAAGGUUGGAGGACCUGCUGCCAGGAGGUGCCUGGCUGCUGAGCAGAGCUGAGAAGCCACAUCAAUGCUUCGAGUGUGGGGAGAGCUUCACCUUCUCCUCUGGUUUGAUCCAGCUCCAGUGCAUCCACAUGGUGAAGAAGCCAUGUCAGUGCUUAGUAUGCGGGAAGAGCUACACCGAAUCCUCCCACUUGUGUCAGUGCACUGCUGCUGGGCCAAGGGAAAAGGCACAUCGGUGCUCGAAGUGUGGGAAGAGCUUCGCCCAGUCCUCCACCCUGGCCAAGCACAAGUGCAUUCACACACGGAAGAAGGCAUAUCAGUGCUCAGAGUGUGGAAAGAGCUUUACCUUCUCUUCCAGUCUGGCCCAACACCAGCUCAUCCACACUGGAGUGAAGCCAUAUCAUUGCUUGCAGUGUGGAAAGAGAUUCACUCAGUCCUCUCACCUGGCCCAGCACCAGCUCAUCCACACCGGAGUGAAGCCAUAUCAUUGCUUGCAGUGUGGAAAGAGAUUCACUCACCCCCGCGCCCCACCCCAACCCCUCCCCACAGGGAAAAAGCCAUAUUGGUGCUCGGAGUGUGGGAAGAGCUUCACUCGCUCCUCCCACUUGAUCCGGCACCAGACUGUCCACACAAGGGAGAAGCCACAUCGGUGUUCAGAGUGUGGAAAGAGUUUCACCCGCUCCUCCAACCUGAUCCGGCACCAGAUUGUCCACACAGGUGAGAAGCCACAUGGGUGCUCAGAGUGUGGGAAGAGCUUCGCCCAGUCCUCCACCCUGGCCAAGCACAAGUGCAUUCACACACAGAAGGCACAUCGGUGCUCAGAGUGUGGAAAGAGCUUUACCUUCUCUUCCAAUCUGGCCCAGCACCAGCUCAUCCACACCGGAGUGAAGCCAUAUCAUUGCUUGCAGUGUGGAAAGAGAUUCACUCAGUCCUCUCACCUGGCCCAGCACCAGCUCAUCCACACAGGGAAGAAGCCAUAUUGGUGCUCGGAGUGUGGGAGGAGCUUCACCCGCUCCUCCCACUUGAUCCGGCACCAGAUUGUCCACACAAGGGAGAAGCCACAUCGGUGUUCAGAGUGUGGGAAGAGCUUCACCCGCUCCUCCCACCUGAUCCAGCACCAGCUCAUCCACAAAAGAGAGCAGCCACAUCGGUGCUCAGAGUGUGGGAAGAGCUUCACCCGCUCCUCCCACCUGAUCCGGCACCGGCUCAUCCACACAGGUGAGAAGCCACAUCGGUGUUUGAAGUGUGGGAAGAGCUUCAUUCGCUCCUCCGAACUGGUCCGACACUAUCGCAUCCACACAGGGGAGAAGCCGCACCAGUGCUCUGUGUGUGGGAAGUGCUUCACCUGCUCAUCUUACCUGGCCCAGCACCGGCUCAUCCACACAAGGGAGAAGCCACAUCAGUGCUCAGAGUGUGGGAAGAGCUUCAUCCGCUUCUGCCGCUUGAUCCAGCACCAGACCAUCCACACAGGGAAGAAGCCACACUAGUGCUCAGAGUUUGGGAAGAGCUUCACCUAGUCCUCCAA